GAAUCACUGAGGCAGUCAUGUCUUUCUUCGGCGGGCAGUGCUUUGAACACGACGAGAGGGCGUCCUUUGAAGGUGUCAGUGAUCCGGCCACUGGCAGUUUCGGACACGCCAUGGAUCCUCAGCAACAGACCUACUUGCAAGUGGUGCCUCUCGAAGCCAGCGCCGGCGGGUGGGCCGACGGCGCUGGCUCCCCUCCUCUGUACGCCAUCAUACCCGGAGAGUACCAAGUGCUCGGAAUCGCUCCCGUUUUGCACUGCGACGUCCCCCACGACCUUCAGCCCCAAGGCCCAAACUCCUCGCUUCCUAAGGGCUCGUCGUCAAGGAAGAAAAAGACUCCAAAGUGGUACGAACGAGGCCCUCAAGCUGAGCCCACCGACGAGGAGCGGAGGCAACGAUUCUCAAGGCGAGGGCCCCACAGGCAGAGGUGCAAGCAGAUGGAGGAACAGAUGGCGCAAGACACGAGUGAGGUAAACAGCCACAUCACAAAUCUUCGCGCAAAAAUUGACGGGAAGAGACUCACAUGUAUGAUUUUUUGGAGAGAGCACGGGAUGUAG